UAAUACCCUUUCCAAGAGUGUUGAAGAAAAGAUUGCUCAGCAUGAAAAAGAUGGGACAGUAGUAACAAGGGAGAUAGUAGUGCAAUUCAAUGUUGAUGUGGCAUAUGGAAUGCCCUGGAAAUUUGUUCCAACUCAAAGAGAGGUGAGAGUCAAGCCUGGAGAAAGUGCUCUUGCUUUUUAUACUGCUGAAAAUCGAAGUUCAAAACAUAACUGGUGUCUCUAUUAUAACGUCACCCUAAUGAAGGUUGCUGUUUAUUUCAAUAAAAUCCAGUUCUUUUGCUUUGAGGAGCAACGUCUUCUUCCUGGAGAACAGAUUGACAUGCCUAUAAGUCUUUUUAUUGUUGAAAAGGCAAAACUUGUUGGUGAUCGUUAACUAACCUGUACUUUCUUGUAGGUUUUCUUCUACAUAGAUCCUGAGUUUGAAACAGAUGCCCGAAUGGAUGGUAUAAACAACCUGAUUUUAUCAUAUACUUUUUUCAAGGUUUCCGAAUAAUAGAAGGGGAUAUUUAAAUUCAUAGUGAAAAUAGAAUAUCAUUCACAUGAGAAUAAAAACUAUUGGUUGGGAUCCCAUUUUCAUAUACCGGGAGAAGAGGGAGAAGAAACAUUCGGAAUUAUUUUAUUAUUACAGUCUCCUUUCACCUCUUUAUGGUGGAAACAUUCUAUUUUUGUACCAGGCUCCUCCCUCUUCAUACCAAGGAAGUGCAGAACUUGUGUAAAAUCUGUGGUUGUUCUAGUAUGGAGUAAAUGCUAUGUCACUGUCUGUAUGUGUUUUAUCUA